AUGCGAUUCAACCUGCUCCCGGCCCUGGCGGUCACCAGCUGGAUAGGGGCCGCAGUUGCGCACAACAUUCAACUGAGGGCACAUUCGAGAGAGUGCUUCCAUGAAGAGCUGCAUACAGGCGACAAGAUGACUGUGACAUUUCAAGUUGGCGACCGUGAGAAUGGCGGUGCCGGCAAUCUAGACAUCGACUUCCGCAUUGAUGAUCCCAGCGGAAAACCAGAGGUCCAGCUGUCAUCCGUUUCCUCCGGCGACUGGUCCUUCGACGCGAAAAGGGAUGGCAAAUACCUCUACUGCUUUAGCAACGAGAAAUGGUCCGCCAAUUCCAAGGAAGUUUCCUUCAAUGUCCACGGCAUUGUUUACGUACCCGAAUCCGAUACUCCUGCCGAUCCACUAGAAGCAGAAGUCAAGAAGAUGUCCGAGGCGCUGGCGCAGGUCAAGGACGAGCAGGCCUAUAUCGUUGUCAGAGAGCGCACUCACCGUAAUACGGCAGAGAGCACAAAUGCUCGUGUCAAGUGGUGGUCUCUCUUCCAGCUUGGUGUCCUCAUCGGUGAGGGUGUUUUCCAGGUCUGGUGGUUAAAACGAUUCUUCGAGGUCCGUUCUCCAUCCCUGCUACAAGUAUACAACUAA